UUUUUUUUUUUUCUUAUUUUUUCCUUCUCCCCCUCUUCUUUAUUAUAUAUAUAGUCUUACUUAUUUCAAAUGAUAAGACUAACUAAAAAUAUAACUGUCUAUGGUACAUUGAUAUUAUUGGCGUUAUUUUUGAUACAUAUAUUUUUGGAACGACGACUUGAAGACGUACGACCUACAAAACAUUAUGAUAUACGACGAGAUGAAGAAAAGUUUUUGACCUAUCUGCCUCAUUCAGGUUUACACAAUCAACGGAUAGCUCUUAUCAAUAGUAUCAUCUUGGCCAAAGCUUUGAAUCGAACCUUGAUUAUGCCAGAACUGAAUCUGGGCACAGCAACUUAUUGGCGACCGUCUGAACAUUUACCUUAUCGCCUGGACGAAUGUGGAGAUAAACUAUGGACAACAAAACAUAAGAACGAGGAUGGCACACCCUGGUGGAGUCCUAAUUGUUUUGAUUAUCGCAAUUAUUUACCUAUGGCAGUGGAUAGUAUCUUUGAUUUAACGGCAGCACAACAACAGUUAGGAGUCAAGACGAUUCAACGACGAGAUAUGAAAUUGAAUUAUUUUGAACGCUAUUGGGGUGUACCUAACGAUGAACGCAAUAGAACCUUGGUGUAUCAAGUAUGGGAUCAUUCACGUUACUCGUAUCAAAUAGUGGAUGAUGAUGAUGUUUCAAUGAACGGCAGUAGCAAAUUUAUGGAACAGUAUACAUUGCAACAACUGGAACAACAUCAGGAAACGUUUUUAAUUUUCAAUUCAUUGUUUGGAUCUGAUCGAUUGGCUCUACGGUCGGCACAGUGGACUCGUACUCGAGAUUUUUUACGACAAGAAAUUGGAGUGCGACAACCUUGGGUCUUGAACAGCAGUUUGGACAUCAUUGGACGUCUUGGUGGACAAGGAGCCUAUAUGAGUGUACAUAUUCGAAUGGGUGAUGGUAUAUUCAGGAAAAUGAUGGAUGAAACUAUGGAACGGGUACGACAACAAUUGAUUCAACAAGAUAAUCUUCAUGAAAUCAACCAAACCACCCUGGACAUGAUACAAUCUCUUGCAUCCCAACCUGAACAACGAUUGACUGCUUGCUUACAAUUACAACAUCAAGCUAACUUGCAUUCUCGGUUACGUUUGAUUUACAUGACAACAGAUGCUCCUUCUCCUCAUCAAUCUUUACCACAUUUAUUUGAAGAAUUUGUUUGUCUAUUUACAUUGGAUGAUUUCAAGGAUAUUGUGGAUGCGACUUUGGCUCUUCGACCAACGUUAUUGGAUCAUCAACAUCAACAUCAUAAUAAUCACUCGACAAAAACACCUCCCACCACCAAAGGCGAUAUCUUUUUACCCUUGAUUGAUGCAGAAGUCGCUUCUCAAGCUUCCUUUUUUGUCCCAACUCCCAAAAGUACCUUCUCUGGUUAUAUUAAUUAUCGCAACAAACGAUUUAGAAGCAUGUAUACUUUAUCAUCCUCCUCAUUAUGAUUUUAGUUAGUUUCUUCUCCUUUCAUUUUUUUUUUUCAUUCCAUACCCCCCACGUCCCUUUAUUGUUCUUUCAAUUUUGUAGAUUUUUUUUUCCCCUUAGUAUAGUACAAAUUGUUCCCCUUCCUUUGUUCAGCAUUUUCUCCUAUACUAUUAUUUUAUUCAUGUUUUAUAUGACAUUGAGAAAUAAAGUAUCCAAACUUCCUAAAAAAA